GGCUCAGAGCGCGGGGCAGGCGGCAGCGCGACUCCGGCCGCUGGGUGGAGGCGAGCGGAGCAGGCACAGCGCGGUCGCGGCCAGCACAGCAGCGCGGAGCCGGGGAGGGCGCGCAGGAAGUCGGGGAAAGUACUCGCGGCAACUUGUGGCGGCGAAACAGCGUCCCGGCCCCGCGGCGGCAGCAGUAGCAGCAGCAGGAGGGCGGCCAGGCGCCCCGCCGAAGCCCCCGCGCCGCCCCGCCAGGCCAGGCGGACUCUCAGCGCGGCGGCGCCAGGGACCGCGGGCCCGGCCCGCGCUCAGAGGACCCUCCGCGCCCCGGCGAGAAGUAAGGCUCUGCUUUCUUCUUCCCCUCUCCCUGCGCGGCCGGGAGGGUUGGGGUGGCCGCGCGGAGCGGGGCGCAAGCGGCAGCCGGGCAGCUUCUCCGCGCUGCCGCAGCUCCCGGCGCCACUCCGCGGACUCUGUUCUAUGAGUGCAAAGAUGGAGCCUACUUUCUACGAGGAUGCCCUGAACGCCAGCUUCGUGCCGCCGGAGAGCGGCGGGUAUGGAUAUAAUAACGCCAAAGUGCUGAAGCAGAACAUGACGCUGAACCUGUCCGACCCAUCCAGCAACCUGAAGCCGCACCUGAGGAACAAGAACGCCGACAUCCUCACGUCCCCCGACGUGGGACUCCUGAAACUGGCCUCGCCUGAACUGGAGCGGCUCAUCAUCCAGUCCAGCAACGGGUUAAUAACUACCACGCCGACCCCGACGCAGUUCCUCUGCCCCAAAAAUGUUACCGACGAGCAAGAGGGGUUCGCGGAAGGCUUUGUGAGAGCCCUGGCGGAACUGCACAACCAGAACACCAUGCCCAGCGUUACCUCUGCCGCUCAACCUGUUAACAGCGGUAUGGCACCUGUGUCAUCUAUGGCUGGCAACAGUAGUUUCAAUACGAAUUUGCACAGCGAGCCCCCGGUGUACGCCAAUCUCAGCAACUUCAACCCCAAUGCGCUCAACUCGGCACCUAACUACAACGCAAACAACAUGGGCUAUGCGCCCCAGCAUCACAUAAACCCCCAGAUGCCGGUGCAGCAUCCCAGGCUUCAGGCUUUGAAAGAGGAGCCUCAGACUGUACCUGAAAUGCCAGGGGAAACUCCUCCUCUGUCCCCUAUUGACAUGGAGUCACAGGAGAGAAUCAAAGCUGAGAGAAAACGCAUGAGAAACAGAAUUGCGGCGUCCAAAUGCCGGAAAAGGAAGUUGGAAAGGAUUGCCAGGUUGGAAGAAAAAGUGAAAACUUUGAAAGCCCAGAACUCAGAGCUGGCAUCCACUGCCAACAUGCUCAGAGAACAGGUUGCACAGCUUAAGCAGAAGGUCAUGAACCAUGUCAACAGCGGGUGCCAGCUAAUGCUAACACAACAGUUGCAAACAUUUUGAAGAGACUGUCUUAAAUGAGAACUGUGAUGUUGUGGUAUAACUAAAAAAAAAAAACAACCAAAAGUGGCAGAUGCAUAAAGCUAAUGGUAAAAGCUGAAAGGCUGAGUCCUGCCUGUGCUCUGCAAAGCGCAUGUGUGGAAAGACUGGCAAGCCUUCAGCUUGAGUUAGUGGUGAAGCAGCCAGCACCACUCCGAGAAGUGCUGUUCCUGCUCAGAUGAGAUGUCAGAUCUUCGUUUAACGUUGACCAAGACCUGCAUGGACCUAACAUUCGAUGAUCAUUCAGUAUUAAAGGUUAAACUGCAAUAGAAACUGUAGAUUGCUUUAUGUAGUAUUACUUAAGAAAAAAAAAGUGGGAGGGAGGUUUGUGGGAGGCUGAUAAACAAAAAAGAACUAUUCUGCCUGCCUUCAAGUAAAUUGUGUAUGUACAUAUCUUUUUUUAUUUUAUUUUAUGAAAGUUGAUUAAUGUCAAUAAACUACUUCAUGACUUUGUAA